UGCAGUGAAUACAGACGAGUGACACGUAACUCGAGUUGAGUCGGACAGAGAACGAAAACAAACCCCAUCUGGAAGCGCGCGGUUUACAGAACUCUAAAGAUGUCUGGCAAAAUAUUGACCAAAUCAUGUUUAUUCCUGCUCCUCGUUCAAAUGGUGGUGAGUGAAUACUGUUCCCAGGCCUGUGACUGCCCUGUUGAGACGCCACUCUGUCCAGUGGGGACCAGCCUGGUGCUGGAUGGCUGUGGUUGUUGUAAGGUGUGUGCCAGGCAGGCUGGGGAGCCUUGCUCACCCCUGGAGCCCUGUGACCACCAUAAAGACCUCUACUGUGAUUAUGCCUUGCUGAGUGACACAGAAACUGGCAUCUGCAUGGCCCAAGAAGGCCAGACAUGUGACCUGGGUGGUGUGAUCUACCGCAGCGGAGAGACGUUCCAGCCCAACUGUAAGCACCACUGUGUCUGCAUGAAUGGAGAGAUUGGCUGUGUGCCAACCUGUGCCAGUGCCCUUCGUCUGCCCUCUCCAGACUGCCCAUACCCACGACGGAUUCAGAUCCCCAACAAGUGCUGUGAGGAGUGGGUGUGUGACCAAAUCCCCCAAGAGGACUCAUACCUGUCAGCCAUGGCUGUGUACAGAAAACUACAGAGCCCUGAGGCUGAAAGCGCACAGGUCAACUGCAUUGUGCAGACUACGGACUGGAGCGAGUGUUCGACCACCUGUGGAAUGGGUUUGUCCUCACGUGUCACUAAUGACAAUGAACGAUGCCAACUGGAGCGGCAGACUCGCCUCUGCAUGAUCCGGCCAUGUCUUGGCCAGCAAGAGAGCAACAUCAAGAAGGGUAAGAAGUGUGUGCGGACUCCCAAGACCCAGCAAGGCAUGCGCUUUGAGCUGUCUGGCUGCCAAAGCACACGGACAUACAAGCCCAGAUUCUGCGGUGUGUGUACGGAUGGACGCUGCUGCACUCCGCACACCACUAUCACUGCCGAGGUGGAGUUCCGUUGUCCUGAGGGAGACUUCUUCAGGAGGAAGAUGAUGUUCAUUAAGACCUGCUCCUGCCACUAUGACUGCCCACGUGAAAAUGACAUCUUCUUUGCAUCAAACUCAAGGCGAAUGAUAGGAGACUAUGAUAAUGACAUGUGAGACACUGGUAGAAGUUGUAGGCCUGCACAUAGUCAGUAGCACAUGCUCCCACUCACCUCCUGAUGGUCUAGCAUAUGUGUAUACAAGGCAGCUUCCUGUGGGUUUUUUUUCCAGAUUUUAUAUUUGAUUUCUGAAGCAUGAAAAAGGAAUGUCUGAUUUCAAGAAGAGUCUCACUUGGCUCUAUAGCUUUUCUUUUGCCAUGUUUUGUAGCAUUUUUGUGCAGCUCUGAAGUCAUCUUGCUCUUUGACUGGUUUUCCCGUUUAUGCAUGCAUGCAUAGGCAAGAGUGGACCUGAAGCACUGAGGACUAUAGAUUUUAAUGCAUUUGGAAAAUAUAGGUUACAUUUAGUUUGAAACUAUACAUUUUCUACCCUGGAAUGUUUCUCUUGAUUGAAUGAAAUGACAACAAUUUUAUCAUUUGACAUAACAUUGAUAUGUUAAAAUGUAGCCCUUUCUUGUAUGGUUCAGUAUUAUUUAUAACUAUGAGUCUUCUCAUACAUUGAGGAUUCAUGGUUGACUAUUGACAACUCGCUCUCAUUUAAGAGGCCUUACCACAAAUAUACACAAUUGCACAUAAUUGCAUUAGUUAGUACAUUGACUCCCAAGAGUUAUUGGCGAGAGAAUAAUAUGUUACAAAUUGGGUUAAAUUAGAUAUAAUACAUGAUAUUGUUUACUUUUUAUUUAAAGAAGAUGAAUCGAAAUAUUCAAAAUAUUGACGAAUACACAUUGUGUAAAUACUGUAAGAAGACUCUGUACAGUUUUAUACUAAUUUAAAUGUUUAAACUUUAACUUUAAAAAUGUAGUUGUACUGUAUUAUUCUGUUUUCACUGUAACCACCAGGCAAAGAUACAAGUGAGUUUAUUCCUGAUGCACUUUUGUUUGUUUUCCAAUAAAGAAAUUAUAUUUUUAUACAUA